AUGAAGACGGCACAGGGCUCGGAUUUGAGCCAGCUCAGCUCUGGUUUCCCUAGUAUUUCGGGAGCCAAGGUGUACAAGACAUUCCACAGCGACGUGUUCACAGGAGUCAGUAUCGAGGCCACGGGAAAAACCGCGGAAGAACUACAGCUACUCUAUGGUGCACGCAAUGUGUGGCCGUCGAGACCAGUCCAGAUGGCCGUUGCCAACAAGGGUCGCACGUACACUGGGGAUGUAUCCGCGGCGAAUUACACCAUCCACGGUAUCACAGGGGUGGCCAAACUCCACGAGGAGGGUGUCCUGGGCCAGGGAGUCAAGGUUGCCGUUGUCGACUCUGGCGUGGAUUAUGAUCAUCCCGCUCUGGGCGGAGGAUUCGGUGAAGGCUUCAAAGUCAUCGGCGGCUACGAUCUUGUAGGGGGCUCAGCGUGGCCUGUUGAGGGAUACGAAAAGAGACCUGACAAGGACCCAUACGAAGAAAGUGAAAUUGGGCAUGGUACGCAUGUGACGGGCAUCGUCGCCGGAAAGUCAGACAGCUGGCAAGGCGUCGCCCCUUCAGCAAACAUCCUUUCCUACAAGGUGUUUGGUGCUGGCAAUAGCGGCGGCACAGAUGAGGAAACCCUGAUUGAGGCCUUUCUGAUGGCCUACGAUGAUGGUGCCGACAUCAUAACCUCAUCAGUAGGAGGCCGGGGAGGCUUCUCCAACAAUGCUUGGGCGGAGAUAGCUUCACGUCUCGUGGACAGAGGCCUUGUCGUCACCAUCUCCGCCGGCAACGACGGCGCCGGCGGUGCUUUUCUUGCCGACAACGGCCAGUCCGGGAGAAACGUGCUCUCGGUGGCCUCGUCUGAGCCUGAGUCCGUUCCCGGAAUGCCCUUCGACGUGACGUUCGAGUACGAGAACGGCGACGUCAACACUACAAGGUUUGGAUUCUUCCACGGGAGUCUCGUCCACCCUUUCCCUAUCAAUAUGAACUCUUCGGGUCUACCCAUCACAGCACUCUCGUUCGACCCCUAUGACGUUACAGUCGGCUGCCGCUUCCUGGGGCCAGAUUCGCGAAACCUGUCCGGUGCUUUGGUUCUGGCCCCUCGGGGGGGAUGCAACGGUGCCACAAAGAGAUACGCGCUCCAUUCCGCCGGAGCGGAAUAUGUGCUGCUCUUCAAUGAUGACAACUUAUACCCCCUGGAGGGGGAUUACAGCACCUCUAGAGUCGAGGGCAUAACGGACCGAGGCGCGGGCGUCCAGAUCCUCGCCGCUUUGAAGGAGGGAGCCAACGUCACAGCCAGGUUCUAUGACGAGUCACACACGUCUUUCGUUAACCUCAAGAACCCCGCUGUUGUCAGUUCAAAGUUCACCUCGAUGGGCGGGCUUUACGAUCUCCAGAUCAAGCCGGACGUUGCCGCGCCGGGAUCCAACAUUUUCUCAACCCUGCCAGGCAAAAAAUAUGGCCUCAUGUCUGGGACAUCGAUGGCAACGCCUUAUGUGGCUGGCAUCGCUGCUCUAUACAUCAGCAAAUACGGCGGCCGGGCGACUCACGGCUCCGAGUUCGGCAAGAGGCUUUCCGCCCGCAUCCUUUCGAGCUGCGACUCCGUCCGCUGGAACGACGGCAACAAUAUGACGGACUACGACACCUGGGCCCCCGUCUUCCAGCUCGGAAAUGGGCUGGUGAACGCUACCAAGGUCCUGAACUACAAGUCGGAACUGUCUUUCGCCAAGUUUGCGCUCAACGACACAGUCAGAUUUGUGCCUACUCACUACGUAAACAUUACAAACAACUGCACGGGGUCCGUCACGUACAAAUUUUGCCUCCAAGCUGCUGGUGGUUACGAGGUCUUGGACAACACAGCGGCGGUGUCCCUCAAGAUGGGUCCUGAGUACAUGGAGUUUACCCCGAUGGACGUAGUGCCGGUUCCGAACGUGACCUUCCCUGAGGGUGAAUUUACGGUUGGCCCCGGCGAGACCAGAACGGCGAAGUUUACCUUUGCGCCUCCCAAAGGCCUCAACGCCUCAGCGAUGCCCCUCUACAGCGGCAAGGUCCUUAUCCAUGGGUCUAACGGGGAAGAGCUGGCCGUGCCUUAUAUGGGUGUUGCGUCUGACGUUCGCAAGAACUUUAGGAAAAUGUUCGUUGAAGGCAGUCCUAGCAUGUACUCAGGACGAGACGCGAUGCCCAUCAUAUACAAGUCCAACUUCACAUUUAAUCUUUCAGUCUACGAGCAAGACUUCCCACGGCUCCAAAUUCGGCUUCGUUAUGGCGCCCAAAUCUUGCGGUGGGAUGUUUUUGAGUCUGGUUGGGAGGAGAAAAGCUGGGGGACGUACCCGCCCGUUCCCGGCAAGGGCGGCUUCAUCGGCAUGGCGGCUACCUGGGAUAACGAAAGAGAUACGGUGUACUUUGAUCCGGACUCCCAUGACGAGUUCGACCUUGUCAGGGGCCCGCUGACUGAGUUGUCCCGUGAUGACUACAACUAUUCUCCGUAUCAGGCGUGGUGGCUGGGACGCUUCGCUGACGGCCAUAGGAUUCAACCUGGAAAAUACUCAAUGCGUAUCGCUGCUCUAUCUCCGUUUGGAGAUCCUGCCAAGAGCGAUCACUGGGACGUCUGGAGGCAUGACUUUGAGGUUAUUGGGAACCAGACAAAGACUAAUAGGUGA